AUGCGCUCUGUGUCGCCACGAUACUUUGGCCACUCAGGCUUGACAAAUAGACAAAAGGAGCUUUCAGUCGCGGUGACAUCUGUGAAAGAUCCAACCGGAACUGAAGGAGUAAACUCCUGGCCACGCUUUCCCACAUUUUUAUGUGAUGGGCAGCGACGAGCUGGCGGAAUAUUUAAAAUCCCUACAUGGCCAGCUGAAAACAUCUCGAUGACUCGUCGACAUACUAUUAUUGCAUUUCCAACCGGUCGAAAAACGUAA